AUGUCCGAUAGGAAGAGGAAGGCCUCCGGCUCGGAGGAGCCAGCCUGCAUGCUUUGUGGCCGGGCAGAAGAUGACCCAAACAUCUUUGGGCGCACAUUUGGCCAGGGUUGGAUUCGUGUCCAUGAGUUCUGCUUGAUUUUUGCCAACAUCUUCUAUGCAGAAACACUCUCAAGAGAUGGAACUGUGGGCAUCCCCCUUGAUGACAUCACACUCAAAGCCAAGCAGGCAAACCAGAAGCAAUGCUGUGUUUGUGGAGAGAGGGGCGCUGCCAUCACCUGUGCUGAAAGCGGCUGUGAACGAAGCUUCCACCUGCCGUGUGCCAAGGACGGGCAGUGCGUCACCCAGUUCUUUGGGCAGCACAGAAGACCAGAACAGGAGGACAAUGAUGCAUAUGCAUCAUUUCUACAGAGGCACAGGCGCUGUGAUGCCAUCAGGUGCCGUCACCCUGAAGGCAGGGAGCUGGCAGAAGAAGAGGGUUGGUCCUCAAAGCCACAACCCCCUUGCUUCCCCAGGCCCUGGCAGCUGCUCCUGUGCAGCUCCUGUGCUGCUGAGGGCACCCACCGAGAGUGCUCCUACCUGAACAACACCACAGCCACAUGGGAGUGUGACAGAUGUGCUGGCCUGGGUACCGGUAAGAGGCAAUCAGCCACAUGGCUCCGCGCUGGGGCCAGGCAAGGCCUUGCAGCAAGUGCUCAGGGCAGCUUUGCCAGAGUCUCUCUGCCCCAAGAGGGAUGUCAGCUUCUCCUAACUCAGGGGUUCAUCCUGCUGACCUGCCCGUCUCCCCUUACAGCUUCCAGCAGCAACUCAGAGCUUGCCAGCUCCAGCACUGCCAACCAGGACGGGCAAGGGCCAUCCCACAGCCUCCAGGAACAUGAGGACAGCUGUUCCAGCCCCACUAGCCAGGCAGCAUCAGAGCCAUCAUACAGUUCCCAGCUGCCAGAGCUCAGCUGCCAGAGUAGCGAGCUGGGGACAGAAAACAGGACAAUUCCCUCAUGUUUACCAGAGAAUAUGGUUGAGCAGCACCAAGGAUGCCACAGGAGCAGACAAACAGCAGCCCAAAGUGCUGAGUGUUGCUCCCGCACCUCCACCAGACGGGGCACAUCAGAAUCUUCCAGAGAGUCCCCAGGGGCUGCACGCAGGAGGCGUCCCAGGCAGCGGAGAACAAGCCGCACACGAAGCCGCUCCCCGCUGCAAGGUCGGGCCUCGAGUUCCCAGAGCCGGCCAAGAAGACGCCAUGGGAGCAGAGGAACCCCAGCUCCUCGUGAUCAGAGCAGCAUCCGCAGAUCAGAAAGAUUGGCAACACUGAGGUCCUCGAGGGCUUCCCCAGUGCCUGAACAAAGGGGACGAUCUGUGCAUGGAGCGCAGGCUCUCACAGAAAGCCGUUACCCAGCGAGGCGCAGAGAUUAAAAUUUCCACAGCUGGCUCUGAGUAAGCAGCAGGAGCCAGUCCCACCACCAGAGACCACCUCAGGCAUAAAGCUACUCCUAGAUCCAACAUCAGAGCCAAAGUCUGUGCAGCCAGCCCCCAAGCCUGCACAGGAGUAGCCAUGUACCAGUCCCACCUGCUUUUCUCUGGUCCUGAGUCCAACUGUAUGGGAACUGCUGAAUCACAGCCCAAACCACUGAUUGACCAGCUAGGAAAAGGACUUGGUCAGCCCUAGAAGCACAGCUGAAGGUAGUUCAGCUGUGCAACCAGAAGGGGUGGAGUCUGUCUGCCCCUCUCUUAGACCCCAUUUAAGGGCUGUCUGCCACUGGGGAAGGUUCUCUUUCCAGAGAUUUCUCCUUGGUGAAGCUUUUUCCUACAAACCUACAAUUUUCUGAUACAGGCAAGCAAUCUUCUUGCCUUCCUUUACAGCACCUUUCUAUUGUGCCAGUCUUUUUGUUAUCACACCUUUG